AUGACACACCAAACUCAUGCUUACCAUAUAGUAAACCCAAGCCCCUGACCUCUAACAGGGGCCCUAUCAGCCCUCUUAAUAACUUCUGGUUUAAUUAUAUGAUUUCACUUCAACUCAACAACCCUACUUAUACUUGGCCUAACAACAAAUAUACUUACAAUAUAUCAAUGAUGACGAGAUAUUAUCCGAGAAAGCACUUUCCAAGGACAUCAUACUCCAACUGUUCAAAAAGGUCUCCGCUAUGGAAUAAUUCUUUUUAUUAUCUCUGAGGUCUUAUUCUUUACUGGAUUCUUUUGAGCRUUUUAUCACUCAAGCCUCGCCCCAACCCCCGAACUAGGCGGUUGCUGACCUCCAACAGGCAUCCAUCCACUUAAUCCUYUAGAAGUCCCCCUACUUAAUACCUCUGUCUUACUAGCCUCAGGAGUCUCUAUCACUUGAGCUCACCAUAGCCUGAUAGAAGGGAACCGCAAUCCCAUGCUCCAAGCCCUAUUUAUCACCAUUGCACUAGGCGUCUAUUUCACACUUUUACAAGCCUCAGAAUAUUAUGAGGCACCUUUUACCAUUUCUGACGGAGUAUAUGGCUCAACUUUCUUCGUAGCUACAGGUUUCCACGGCUUACAUGUUAUUAUUGGAUCUACUUUCCUAAUCGUCUGCUUUUUCCGCCAAUUAAAAUAUCACUUUACUUCUAAUCACCAUUUUGGAUUUGAGGCCGCUGCCUGAUACUGACACUUCGUGGAUGUGGUAUGACUAUUCCUCUACGUAUCUAUCUAUUGAUGAGGCUCAU